AUGUCCAUAGGCUCUGGGUCAAAGGCUUUUGUCAAAGAGCUAAUACCAGGAUCAGGAACUCUCCAGGCCAUCAAUGAUGAAUUCCGACACGUUUGCAACGACGUUGGGCUCUGGUCCUUCUUUGAGGGGAUCCCAACUUCUACCGGUCCGGCAAACACUAUGAUUGUUGAGAAGGAUUCAGCUAUUAUGGGACUUCCCGGCGAACAUACCCAAUACUUGCAAGCGAAUCACCGCCGCCUUGUCAAAUUCGAUUCUGUCGAUGAUCCGAAUUACAACAUUCUACUUCGCUGCUUCAACACGACGAUUGAGGAAAUAGAAAAGAGCUACACCGCAGAUAAAUUCGAAAGCCACCGAGCCCAGAUGAAGCAAAUCGCCCAAGCCUUCGAUGUAGCAGAACGCCCGGACGGCGACUUCAUUAGAAUGCUUGAUAAGCUACACCUGGGAUCCUGCGAGUGGCUAACCUCCCAUGGUGCCUUUCACGACUGGCUUGAGUGCGACCUCAUGGACACCAACGCUUCAAUCAAAGCCAUCACUUCCGGCCCGCCAAAGAAAACACCCCGGUUCCUGUGGCUCAACGGCCCCCCCGGUUCCGGUAAGUCGGUGGCUUCCGGGCACGUUAUUAGGUAUCUCGAGUCCUUCAACCUUGAUUGCGCCUACUUUUUCUUCAAAAACAAUGAGAAACCUAGCCUCACGCAGUUUCUCUUAUCCAUGGCGCUACAGAUGGCAGAGUCCAACUUUCAGGUUCGGCACACCUUCCUGGCCAUGAUGGAAGAGGGCGAGACCAUCGACAGCCACAGCGACCAUAUAAUGGUUUGGAACAACAUCUUCUUGGGGCGUAUCUUCAAGAUGGCCCUCUCGCAGCCACAGUACUGGGUCAUCGACGCCCUGGAUGAGUGCCAAGCGCGGCUUUUGACCACGCUUAUGUCGAUGUUUUCGAGGAUCGAACCGAAUGUCCCACUGAGAAUUUUCAUUACUAGCCGCCCCAACGGCCAUGUCGAGCGUUUACUAAACCAGGAGAGGAUCAUGAGAGUAGAAAUGCACACCGGCCAGGCCGAGUCGCUCCGAGACAUUGACGCGUUUGUCAGAUCGCGGCUGUCGCCUACCAUUAUCCAGGACUUUAACGAGGAGGAGGGCGAUCUGGUGGCGGAGAUUAUCGAAAAGUCGAACGGCAUCUUCCUCUGGGCCUCCCUGAUCAUGACGCGCCUAGAUGAAGCCCACAGCAUCGAAGCCAUGCGCAAGACCCUUGACCAGGUUCCCACCGAGAUGAGCGGCAUGUACAGCGGCAUUCUGCAAACUAUUGUCGAAUCGCCCAACGCCGACCUUGCCCACUGCGUCCUAAAAUGGGUCGUAUGUGCACGGAAGCCCCUGACGACUGAAGAGUUGAGGGAGGUGGUGCGCCUGGAUAUCAACCAAACCUUGCGCACUGCCGAUAGAUUCUCUCAGAUUUGCGGCAAUCUCAUCACGGUUGACAACGGCUUCGUGCAGGUCAUGCACCAAACUGUCAAAGAGUUCCUGACCGGCGAGCAAUCCGACUAUUACAUCCCCCGCUCAUGGUCCCACGCGCGCAUCGCUGAGCUCUGUCUACAACAUCUUAACGGACGCAACUUCAAUCCUCCUCGCACCCGCCGCGGCCCAGCCGCCUCCUCAAAAGCUGACCCCAACAGCAGCGCAGCCGUGUUCGACGACUACGCCGCCACGAACUUCUCCUACCACUUAGCCCAUUGCUCCCCCUCCGAGUCCACCCUCCAACUCCUCCCUCUCCUCGGUACUUUCGUUUCGUCCAACGUUCUCACCUGGAUCGAGCGUGCAGCCAAAACAGGCCGCCUCUCCCUGCUGACCCGUACCAUCCAGAACCUCAAAGCGUACCUCUCCCGCCAAGUGACAACCUCAUCCCCCUUAGACUCUGAUUACCAGCUCACAUCCCGCUUCGUCGACGACCUCGUCCGGCUAUCGGCCAUCUACGGCCCGAACCUGGUCAACACCCCCUCCACCAUCUACUCGCUCAUCCCUCUCCUCUGCCCAAAGUCCAGCAUCAUCCACUGGAAGUUCGCGCGGCAAUUCAAGCAGAAGGUACUCUGCACCUUCAACAACGACUGGGACGAGCGCCUGUCGUCCUUCACCUUCUCGUCGCGCGUCAUGUCCAUCGCCUGCGCCGACCAGUUCUUCGCCAUCGGCCUCGCCGACGGCGCCAUCAAGGUGUACCGGCAGAGCACCUUUGAGCUGCUCAACACCAUCCACCACGGCGAGCCCGUGCGCCGGCUCGCUAACGGUAACAUCACCGGGGUGCUGGUCUCGGGCGGGCUCAAGUCGCUCAAGGUCUGGGGCCCCAGGCAGGCGCUGCUGUGGGAGACGGUCGUGCCGGAGCAGCCGCUCUCGUUCCGGUUUAGCCCCGAUGAUGCGAAGCUGUACGUGCCGUUGAGGAAUGGGGAGGUGUAUGUGUUCCGGGCGAAGAAUGGGGCGCGGAUGGACGCGCUGGAGAUUGUGGAGGAGGAGACGUCUGAUUCGGACUCGGAUGGCGGGCUGGAGCGCCAGCAGCAGCAGAAGAGGACUGUGCCGGUGCUGGUCAGGAUCAGUCCGAUGCUGGGGAUUGCCGCCAUUGCGUAUCGCAGCUCGCAUCUGAGGUUGUCGUAUUAUGAGAGUGAUGAGAGGGUUGAGCCGUUCGAGAAAGAGGGGUAUGAGGAUGGUGGCCUGCCGCCGCAGGUGCUCGAUGUUGCGUUCAAUGAGAACGCGGAGCAGAAUCUGAUGGCCGUGGCGUACCAGGAUGGAGAUCUGGUAACGCUCGAUCCGUGGACGCUGCAGCAGAAGCAUGCGUAUCACCUGAACGCGCACACGCUGGCGGCGUCUCCAGACGGGCAUACCCUGGCCGCGGGAGACAGCGAGUGUGUCAUCUCGCUGUUUGCCUUUGACGGGCUGCGGCUGUUGUGUCGGAUCCAGUCGCUCGAGGAGCGCAUCAUGGGCAUCGUGUUUGCCUCAAACAGUCUGCGUUUCUUUGACCUCAGGGGUAAUACCUGCAACGUCUGGGAGCCGGCGGUGCUCAUCAAGAAGAACUUGGCGGACGACAGCUCGAGUGAGGAGGCUGACGACUACCUGAUGCCCGCGUCGAACUUGGUAUGCACGCGAAGCUUUGAGGGUAACAAGGCCAUCACGAUCAUGACGCAGGCGGGUGACUCUAAUUUCGUGUUUUGCGGGCGCGAGGAGGGCUCCAUCACGGUGCACGACAUCAGCUCGGGCAAGGUGUUGACCGAGUUCCAGUUCCAUGCCCGCAUGGUGGACAUUCGUCAUCUCGAGUGGAACGCAAAGGGCAAGGUGCUCUUCAGCGUGGAUGCUUCGCGGCGGUGCAUCGCUACGCGGUUGACGCUGCCAUCGUCCACGACUGCCACGACAGCCGUGCAAAAGCAGCAGCAGCAACUCCAGCUCCGGAAAUUCGAGCACAUUCUCGACUUCCGCGCCUCAGACGCGGUCCUACAGGCAUUCAUCAAUCCCGACGCGUCCGCCUUCCUCAUCUCCACCCAAUCCGGUGAGGAAGUCCACGUCCCCGGCGAGACAAACUGCACCAUACAAUCAACCCACUCUCAAAACACAGCGCGCUGGCUGCCGCACCCGACCGACCCGACCCGCCUCCUCCUCUUCGAGCACGAAAGCGAAGUCCUCCACGUCUUCCGCUGGGAGGACCUCGCCCGCGAAACACCAGAGCAGGGCAUCACAAUCGACCUGCCCCCCGAACUCGCCUCAACACCCGUCAGUUUAACGGACGAAUGGCACUCACGCCCAGGCAUGGCGACCCUCGUCCAAACCACCACAAUCCCCAACUCCUCCCAAACCGGGUUCCUCACCCUCGACCUAUCCAACCUCGACCCCGCCACCACCACCAAGCUACAAGUCACCUGCACUUCGCGCCAGCUGCUGGCCGACAUCAAAUCCGUCCUGGGCAUCUGCCGGUCCAACCUGUUCUUCAUGAGCGGGCGCGGGUGGGUGUGCUCGAUAAGUCUCAAGAACCUGGCCGCGAGCAAGUCGUACGCACGGCACUUUUUUAUCCCAUCGGUGUGGCAGACCGGCGGGGAGCCCAUCGCGCGGGUGGUGUCCAAGACGACGGUGGCGAUGGCGUAUCGGGAUGAGGUGGCGGUGCUGCAGGGGUUUUUGGAGUUUGAACAUAAGACUGUGUUUGGGGAGGCGGAUGGGGAAGGGGGAGAGGGGGAGAAGGCGGUGGUGCCUGUUAUUAGGACUUCGUAG